AUGUCGGAUCGCAGUAAAUACAAGCCGGCCCCCGGGUCGGCGGACUUCGAAUCGCAGGUUGCCAGGUGGGGCAAUGACGUGCGGGUCGCUCAGUACGUGGGCAUUAUCAUCUGCACGGUUGCGCCGACUGUCGCUGUUGGCUUGCGGCUUUACGCGCGACACUUGUAUAGAACCAAGUUUGGCCUCGACGAUAUCUUCAUCAUCAUUGCACUGUUGAUCGUUAUUGCGGAGACAGUCUCAUCAUGUCUCUCUCUCAGAGCUGGAGCCGGCCUCCAUCAAGUGCGAGUGAUGUAUGAAGACCGCGACCCUCCUCAUGCACUGGUAUACCUAUACACGAACUACUGGAUCGUCUCUGUCCUCUGGGCCCCAGGAGUGAUGUUUAUCAAGAUGUCCAUCCUAGUCCUCUACCGCCGCCUCUUCCUCGUUCAACAGCGAUGGUUCAAAAUCGCUCUGUGGGUUAACAUGGCAUACGCAGUCGGGCUCGGCAUCUCGGGGACGUUCGUCUUCAUCUUCCAAUGCUGGCCCGUCCAAUACUACUGGACGCGAACGGUUUCAUACUACGGCCUCACUCCGCCCCAAGGAAGCUGCAUUCCGUUACUCGCCCACCUCGCCACCCCGCAGUUCCUGAACACUGCCUCCGACAUCGCCAUAUUGAUCCUCCCUCUCCCGAUUAUCUGGAAUCUCCAAAUCGAGAAAGCACGCAAGGUGGCCGUGUCCGGUGUCUUCCUGCUCGGUUGUUUCACCGUAGGCUGCGGGAUCGCCAGAAUCGCCGUCAUUUUCGAAGUUACCAACUCGGACGAUGUCACGGUGAACAACCUCGAAACCGUGACCUUCACCGUCGUCGAAGCCGGCGUCGGCAUAGUCUGCGCCUGCCUCCCGCCCAUCGCGCCUCUGUAUGCCAGCAUGAUGCAGCGAUGGGGCCUCAUGACCUCCGAUCCCGAAUACUCCAAAGAGUCAGCCUACCACGCCGCGACAGUCUGGUCCCGACCUGCCCAACAUACCUGCCGAGCCUCUCGGAUCCGCAGCAUCACGGGCUCGCUGGCGGAUGACAAGGAUGGCGUGGAAUUCCAGAACCUGGUGCCGGUGCGCAAGGAUACGAAGCACCCUGCUCUGCAAAGUAUCGGGGAAUCUAAGUCGGAUGUUCAAGUGCACGAAGGCUUUGAGGCACGAGUGGUUGAGCCCGGGCAGAUCCAUAUGCGGAGUUCGGCGUUGCCGGCGUACGGGGAGGCGGCCAGGCAUGCCCAUGCGCCUAGUUUGGAUGACAUUGUGCCUGAGUAUCUGGAAAUAGAUCACCGCUGA